UCUAUUUUUACUUUUUUCACGUAUUUUCUCUCAUUUCUUUUCUAUCCUUCUAAUUUCAUCUCCAACCAAAUGACGUUAAGAAUUGGCAUAAAAUCUCAUCUAGGACCCCUGAAGGAGCAUGAUGGUUGAAAGGAUCUCGAAAAUUGAGUCUAGUAUUUUAUUUUUCUUGCAUCGCAUAGCUUUGUGAAAGGAUAAUCAAAAUUAGACUUUGACUACAAUCGGGCGUUGUCAGAAUACCUUAGACAUUCUCCACACAUAAUUGAAUUUCAAAAUUCGUGUUUAUGGUGCGAGCCAUGGUUUGAUCUAAUCUUAGUUAGCUAGAGGACAUUGGAACCUAGGAGCUAGACUUUGAUUUAAAUCAAUUACACAAAGGUAACCAAAUUCACAUCUUAAGAAAUCUUAAUAAUUGUUAAGGGUAAUCACUCUGAGAGAGAGACAGAGACAGAGACAGAGAGCAAAAACCAGUUGGACCCAAUGUUGACAAUACUAAUGAAGGUGGGACCUUUUCAUCCAUCCAUACUCUACAAUUUCUCCUAACAUUUAUGGUACAUGAUGUACCCCCCCUUAGCCACAUGCUCCCCCCUUAUCUUCCCAAAACUUCCAGAAAGUAGAGCCACACCAAUUUGAGCUUCACAACCAUAAUCUAAAAAACCUAAAAUCCACGAUGGGAAGCAAUUCUGUAGAUAAAAAUUCAAGUCACAUAGUGAGCAUUUGGGAGGUCAACAAGGAUCGCCUAGACAAGAUGCACGAGAAGAUCUCCCAAAACCCAAGGUUACUAAGCAAAGCCGCAGGUAAAAGAACAUGUUGCAUCUUCAGAGUCCCCAAGAGCUUAAUCGACAUCAAUGGCAACUCGUAUCAACCUCACAUCGUCUCCAUCGGCCCCUAUCACCGUGGCGAGCCUCACCUACAAAUGAUCGAGGAGCACAAGUGGAGGUACCUAGGUUCUUUGCUCUCUAAGACCAAAAUUAUAGGUUUAACCUUAGAGGACUACUUGAAAAGCAUACACCCACUUGAAAAAGAAGCUAGAGAGUGUUAUUCUGAGACCAUUCACCUCAGCUCCAAUGAGUUCCUAGAAAUGAUGGUUGUUGAUGGUUGUUUUAUAUUGGAGUUGUUCCGCAAGGUUGACAAUCACAUAAGGUACGAUCCCGAUGACCCUCUCAUCACUAUGGCCUGGAUAUUACCUUUUAUCUUCAGAGACUUUCUCAGGCUUGAAAAUCAAAUUCCAUAUUUCAUUUUGGAACGUUUAUUUGAGGUUACAAAAUUGCCUCAAGAGGAGUCUGGUCCAUCCUUGUCCUUACUCGCUUUGCGAUUCUUCAACUACAUAAUGCAAAGACAAGACGAUAUCAUAGAGAGUCACCACGAUCUUAAAGGCUUGCAUUUGCUUGACAUGGUUCGCUCAAGUUUUUUCCCACCCGAUCAGCUAGAAUGUGCAGAACGAGUCAAAACUCCAACCCAUAUCAUCCACUGUGUCUCGAAGCUACGCCGUUCGGGGAUUAGGCUGAAUCCAAUCAAGGCAGACAGUUUCUUGGUUGUGAAAUUCAGGCACGGUGUGAUUGAGAUGCCCACUAUAACAAUCGAUGAUUUCAUGACUUCUUUCUUGAUGAACUGUGUGGCAUUCGAGCAAUGCCACAAUAGUUGCUCUAAGCACAUUACGACUUAUGCUACAUUUUUGGACUGCCUUGUCAACACUUCUAGAGACGUGGAGUACCUUUCUGACCAGAACAUAAUCGAUAAUCACUUUGGUAACGAGGCCGAGGUUGCUCGAUUCAUCAACAAUCUGGGCAAGGAUGUGGCUUUUGAUAUUGAUAUGUGUUAUUUGUCGAAGUUGUUCGAGGAUGUGCACCACUAUUAUCGGAAUAGUAGGCAUGUACAAUGGGCGAGCUUUAAGUAUACAUAUUUUGACACCCCAUGGUCUUUUAUUUCUGCAUUGGCUGCCUUUGUGCUCUUAAUCCUUACGCUUGCGCAGACUUUCUACACAGUCAUAGGUUAUGUGAAACCUAAUAAGGGCUGAUAAUCAGCCACCUUAAUUUUCUCUCCGCAGUUUUAAGAGGAUCACGGAGAAUUGUAGGAGUAUCAAAUUUUUGAAGUUUGUUGUGUAAGUUUUUUUAUUUUUGAUGAGUUGUAAUGUGAGUUUUGAGUUCUUGUAAUUGAUCCAUUUUGGUAUGUAAAAUGCUAAUCUGUGUGUGUAUUA